GAAGGGCUCUUCCCCACCCCCUCUCCCCGCGCCGCUUGCUCUGCCCUCCGCCUCCUCCUCUCCGCCCACUCUCCUGGCGGCGGCGGCUUUGUCUCGUGGGCUGGUCCCUGGCGGCUCCCUCCCCCGAACAGCUGCUGCCGAGGGAGGAAGCGGCGCGGGAGCUAUCCAGCACCCUGGUGCUGAAACCCCGACCGCCCGUCAUCCACCAACACCAUGUAAGGGCCAUGAAAAGGGCUCGUCCUGGCUCAGCGCGGACAUGGAGGAGGACUUAUUUCAGCUGAGGCAGCUGCCGGUGGUGAAAUUCCGUCGCACGGGCGAGAGUGCAAGGUCAGAGGAUGACGCAGCUUCGGGAGAGCAUGAGGUCCAGAUUGAAGGGGUCCGCACAGGCCUAGAGGCUGUCGAGCUGGACGAUGGGGCAGCUGUGCCCAAAGAGUUUGCCAAUCCCACCGACGAUACUUUCAUGGUGGAAGAUGCGGUGGAAGCCAUUGGGUUUGGAAAAUUUCAAUGGAAGCUGUCUGUUCUCACCGGCUUAGCUUGGAUGGCCGACGCCAUGGAAAUGAUGAUCCUCAGCAUCCUUGCCCCGCAGCUGCACUGCGAGUGGAGACUCCCCAGUUGGCAGGUGGCGUUGCUGACCUCGGUAGUCUUUGUCGGCAUGAUGUCCAGCUCCACGCUCUGGGGAAACAUCUCAGACCAGUAUGGCAGGAAAACGGGGCUGAAGAUCAGCGUGCUCUGGACUCUGUACUAUGGCAUCCUCAGUGCUUUUGCGCCUGUGUACAGCUGGAUCCUGGUGCUCCGAGGCUUGGUGGGCUUCGGGAUCGGCGGGGUUCCCCAGUCGGUGACACUAUACGCUGAGUUCCUUCCCAUGAAGGCCAGAGCUAAGUGCAUUUUGCUGAUUGAGGUCUUCUGGGCCAUCGGGACAGUGUUCGAGGUCAUCCUGGCUGUGUUUGUGAUGCCCAGCCUGGGCUGGCGCUGGCUACUCAUCCUCUCGGCUGUCCCGCUGCUCCUCUUUGCAGUCUUGUGUUUUUGGCUGCCAGAGAGCGCAAGGUACGAUGUGUUGUCCGGGAAUCAGGAAAAGGCCAUCGCCACCUUAAAGAGGAUAGCAACUGAAAAUGGAGCCCCCAUGCCACUGGGGAAACUGAUCAUCUCCAGACAGGAAGACCGAGGCAGAAUGAGGGACCUUUUCACGCCCCAUUUUAGAUGGACAACCUUGUUGCUGUGGUUUAUAUGGUUUUCCAAUGCGUUUUCUUACUACGGAUUAGUUCUGCUCACCACUGAGCUCUUUCAGGCAGGAGAUGUCUGCAGCAUCUCCAGCCAGAAGAAGGCAGUGGAAGCAAAAUGCAGCCUGGCCUGUGAGUACCUGAGUGAGGAGGAUUACAUGGACCUGCUGUGGACGACCCUCUCUGAGUUUCCAGGUGUCCUUGUGACUCUGUGGAUCAUUGAUCGCCUGGGCCGCAAGAAGACCAUGGCCCUGUGCUUCGUCAUCUUCUCCCUCUGCAGCCUCCUGCUGUUCAUCUGUGUUGGAAGAAACAUGCUCACUCUGUUACUCUUCAUUGCAAGAGCGUUUAUUUCUGGAGGUUUCCAGGCAGCCUAUGUUUACACACCUGAGGUCUAUCCCACGGCGACUCGAGCGCUGGGCCUGGGCACCUGCAGCGGCAUGGCAAGAGUGGGUGCUCUCAUUACUCCAUUCAUUGCUCAGGUCAUGCUGGAAUCUUCCGUGUACCUGACCCUGGCGGUGUACAGCGGCUGCUGCCUCCUGGCUGCCCUGGCCUCCUGCUUCUUGCCCAUUGAGACCAAAGGCCGCGGACUGCAGGAGUCCAGCCACCGGGAGUGGGGCCAGGAGAUGGUCGGCCGAGGGACGCAUGGCACAGGCGUCACCAGGUCGAACUCUGGCUCUCAGGAGUAGUGACCAAUGUGGGGCUGAGCUGGUCUUUGAGGCCGUAGAACGCAGGGAGCUGGUGAAGCCCAGCUGGGGCUCCGACCCUCACAGCCCACGUCAAGAACUCACCCCGAAGGACAACCUGGACCAACAGGGUUUUGUGUCUUGACUCUGUUUGCUCAUAUUCACUGAGAUCCCCCUGGGGCUGGGGAGGCAUUUGCUCCGGGGGGUUCUCUGGAGGUGUGGGGGGAGGUUUGUUAAUAACCUGUGGACCUGCAUGGGGAAAACUGCCACAUUAGGAGUGGCCGGUGUCACCGGUCGCCAACCAGAUGCCGCCCAGAGUCAGCCAGUCACACCCUUGGUGAACAACCCCCCCAUACAUCUCUGUAGAUACAGUCCAGGCCCAGGGCCUGGUAGAGACCCGCCUCCAGGGACUCAACACCUGCCACCGGGACCUGUUCAGGAGGUUUCUUCUCCAUUCCCGGCCCCGGAGUCUUCUUCUUUGAAAUUGCAGGUGACCCGGCUGUGGCCUGGACAGCUUCUUCCUGGGUCUGAAAGAUGCUAUCUCCGAAGGGGUCCCUUGGUCUGCCUCCCCAGGGCCUGACUAGUGGAGACUCUGGCAUAUGGACAUGUGUUUGAACUUGAGCCACGUGUCCCCUCCUGGUCCCCUCUGGAGUUGCUCUCUCUGGAUCCAGCAGAUCUACGGGUCUGGGACGGCUGGGCUUCUACCAGAUGACCACCUCAGAGAGCUGUCAUCCUCCCCCUCCCCCAGGAAUUGGGGACUGAGGCCAGAGGAGGUGAGGAUAAAGUCCAAAGCCAAAGCUGGGGCCUCCCAUUUGGAAACAAAGAAGGCCAAUGCCAGGGGCUUCUUUUCUGACCCCCUCGUUGGUCAGGCUGGUUGGUGACUCUUGGAGAAAGAAAAUAGUUAACUCAGGUUUCAGUGCUGUGGUUGUUGGGGGUGGGUAACUGGCUACUCGGGCAGAGAAAUGGAAAAGAUUCUACACCAACCACCCCCUCCCGUCAGGGUCAGGGAACCAGGAAUCCUUGCCCGCCCCUUGGUUUCUUGUUUCCCCUUGCUGUCAAGGGCCGGCUUGGUCUUUGCAUAGAGGCAGCUCCUGGGGGUCCAGCAAUAGUUCUCUGCCAUCAGUGGGGAGGACCGGGAGGGCCCACAUGUGUGACAUGUGUACAUUUGCAAAGGAAGAGAGGGCAGUUAGUUGGGUUUUGGGUUGGCCUCGGGAGGAAGGGCUGAUGCCAUUGUCUCAGCAGACAACAUGCACCUCCAGGAUCUGGUUUCCAUGAGCCCUUUCCCCAUCCUGAAGGCAGGGAACCUAGAACAGGAGGGUGGAAGCUGCUGGAUCCCAUCAAAGGCCAGAGAAGACUGACCUUCUGCGUGGAGACGCCUGCUUGAAGUCAACAUUUUGAGAAAGCCAAACGUGUACGUUCAUCUCUUAUUAAAACAUGUUGGUGAUGGACAUUGUAAGGUUUGUAGUUUGUCCAUGUGUCAUGAUGUCUUAGUGACGGUUCAACUUGCCAACUUUGUCUAUUCAAGGUAAUCUCAAUGCCUUAAUAUGAUAUUCUUUCCAAUAAGGUGGGCAAGUCGCACCAUUGGCUGUCAAUGUUGUGACCUUGAACCUGUCGGAGAUACUUUCUUCCAAUGGCGUGGGUGGGUAACUAUUGCAGGUUCAGGUCUUAAGUCAAUGGCAAACAAUCCCACAUUCCCAAAAUAUAGACUAUAGCCCCCUCAGCCCAGGCAGCCAGAGAGGAAGCAGCUUAGCAGAUCUACCUCUCCCCAACAUCCCCAUUUCCUUGAGCCAUGGUGGCUAUAGCUCUAAUUCUUUCUGGCCUGUUGAGCUCUUCUGGGUAAUAGAAACUUAGCUUGCCUUCCUUCCUUCCUUCUUUCACAUUCUAGCUAGUCAGACAACGCUGGAUGAGUAUGUCCACUCCCAUCCCCCUCAAAUAACCUGGCAGAGCUGGGGGCUGGAGUGGAACAGAAAUGCUUGAUGGGAAGGAAUGUUUUCCAGGCCCCAGGGUAAAGAGACUUGCAGUUGAGGGCUUUCUCUUCUUGAGAAAAUGAAAGUUUAAAUCUCUUUGCCCUCUAGAUUGCCUACCCUUAGAAAAAAAUUAGUAUUAUUGAAUGAUACAAAAGCUGCCACCAAAACUGUCCAAGCUCUGAAUUACACAAGGUCUUUAGCUGAAGACAUUCGUAUCUAAUUUCGAACUUUACAAAAGCUUCUGUUUCCAUUAAUGGAAAUGUCAGCGGUUUCUCUCAGUGUUAGGAAAGAUUUCAGAAAAUGUAAAAGAUGGUCAAUGUAGCUAAGACUAUGUGGUUUCUUUCUUUCCCUUAUUGCGAGUAUUCUUACAACACAGAAGUGAGAUGUGUUGGCAAUGACA